GGUGCGGAUAAGCCUAAAGCGGCAUUGACUCACCGGACAGAAACCCCCACUGCUGCACGGCCAAUCAAAUAUUCUAUCCCACCUACUCAUUAUGAGUCGAAAGUUCAGCACCUUGCUGUCCUGGUCUAACAUAAAUGUGGAAUUUCAGUUUUCAGACAAUAUAAUAUCCUUCCAUCUCAUGAUAUCAAUUGAACAAUUCCCCUCAUGAUCAAACCUGGCAACAAACGAAACGAUGAACUCCAUUACAGCUACCCGACACAAAACACUCACGCCCGCCAUUACUCCAGCCAACAACUCACUCCCUAGUCCUUUCGUUGUCUGCAUAAUAGGGGCUAGCUCUGGCAUAGGCGAACACAUCGCUUAUUCUUUUGCACAAGCAGGAGCGUCCGGUGUUCUUCUAGCAUCCCGCAACACUUCCGAGCUUACUCGCGUUGCUGAAAAGAUUCGUGUCAUCUCCCCCAAAACUCGGGUCGAAAUAUUUUCUUGUGAUAUCACAUCGUCCAGCAACAUUUCAGACCUUGCAAAUUAUAUCAAAGAAACUUUCGGUCGCCUCGAUGUCUGUAUUCCCAAUUCUGGAUAUGCCGGUCCCGUGACUCUCAGAGUUACCGAAGGUGAUCCGGCGUGGUUUCAAGAAAAUUUUGAUAUAAAUAUGAUUGGGACUUAUAAUUGUGCGCAUUAUUUGAUACCUCUGCUGCUGGAGAGUGAGAAUGGAGCAAAGGGUUUCAUACAAAUUGGAUCGUUGGCUGCAACUCUAACAGAUGGACCCAUUGCCAACACAGGGUAUUGCGUGAGUAAAUUUGCGCAGAGUAGAUUUUUAGAGAUGGUGAGCUCCCAGUUUGGAGAGGAAGGAUUGGUUGCUGUUACUGUACAUCCUGGGGCAGUUGCAACCCCAAUGGCUGCUGGAAAUACACCUGAAGUUUUCCUACCUUAUUUGGUUGAUAGUGUGGAUCUCUGUGGUGGGUUUUGUGUAUGGUUGAGUAAGAACAUCAAGGAUCUGAAAUGGAUGAAUGGAAGGUUUCUGGAUGCUAGGUGGGAUAUUGAUGAGUUACUUCAGAGAAAGGAGGAUGUUAUUGAGAAGGAUUUACUUAAGUGGACGUUGAGAACUUCAUGACUGCGGAAAGAUUUUCUUGGGAUUGACUUAGGUCCAAUAUCACCCAAUUAUUCUUUAACUACCGGCAGCUGCUCAGUCUUCCAACAACCCAUUUCUUACCUUUUGGAGGAGAAAAGAGGGGACUCAUCUGCAAGGCUAGUGCUCAUAUCAUAACGUAAGUUGACGGCUCAAAACCCCUUGAAUAGGGUAGAAGUGCGUGAAUACCAGAAGCAAAUCAAUUCUGCGAAUAAGGUUUGAUCA